CUCGCACACAGCUGCGCAGCUCCCAUACUCACAGUGCGGCUAGCAGGAAACAGGGGCGAAAUAAAUACCGUGGAAUACCGUGUAGAAUCGAACGGAAACCUACGGAAAACGUACCGGAAUCGAUGGCCCAACGUUAGCCCGACGUCGCGCAUUACAUGGUAACCACAGUUGCAUUAGUGUCUCGCGCGUAAACCCGAAAACCUCAGGGAAGAUUUGGUUGCCAUCUUCGUUCUCUUCUGGUCGGUUUCUUGCUGCGGGAGAAAAAUCGUCACGCAAGCCAAGACGCUUACGAAGAAGCGGAAGAAGAAGAAGGAGCAAAUCUCGUUUUCACGCCACAAGCACACCGUCAUCCGGAAAGUAUGGCCACCAAUAACUACUUUGGGUUUCCGCACGGAGCCACACAGUAUGGCACAACGGCCACUGGGACGGGUUAUCCAACAACGCAAACGGGAUAUGCUGUAGCACCGGCACCAACACCGGCCGCAGGUACCUACGGAACGGCUCGACCAGCAGGCUACGACCAGGCGUACCAGCCCACGGCAACACCGGGAACAUACGCGACCACGGCAACGGCAGCAACAUACGAUUACGGGUACGGGCGUACGACGCAGACGUACGAUACCUCAAAAACGUACUACCAGCAGGCGGCGGGUGCAACGGCCGGCUACACUGCACCGACCGCGUACGACGCGACACCGAAGGUGAUCACCGGAUUUCAGCCGGCCCAACCGACCGCAUAUGCUCCGCAACCCACCCGGGCCACUAUACAGCCAGCGAAAGCAGCUCCGCAAUACCAAACGACGCAGCAACAAUCAGUGGCACCGCAACCUCAGGCGUACGUGCCAACGCAACCGGCUGGCUAUUCACAGACCGUAACUACGGUGCAUUCGACGCCCAAAUCAGCAACCGUUGCUGGUUCCGUGGUGCCGAAUAGUUCCGCCACCUACCCAGGUUACGACGCAUCACUGUACGGUGCAGCGACCAUGUACGUCGCCCAGCAGCAGCAACCACCGCCGCCAAACGCGAAAGCGCCCGGCAAUGUACCCGGUGGUGCAGCUGCAGCCGGUGGUGUGAUGACGGCCGCCCCGGGACCCGGAGGACCGGCAGUAAUCACCGGUGGCCACGUACCGGUGGCAGGUGGUCCGUGGCAAAACUACAAAAGCCCCAAGGGGAUGCAUGGUCACGGUGGGCAUGGUAGCGCUCCUUACAAGGCACGCAAACCGGCACCGAAACCGCUGCUGAUACACUACUGUGAUGUGUGCAAAAUUAGCUGUGCUGGACCGCAAACCUAUCGCGAACAUCUGGAAGGCCAGAAGCACAAGAAGCGCGAGUUGUUGCUAAAGCAGGCGGCCGAACCUGGAGGUAAUGCGGCUGCUCGGCCACCGAACAGUUUGCACUGCGAGCUGUGCGGUGUCACAUGCACCGGCAAUGAUGCGUACGCGGCGCACGUGCGUGGUGCUAAGCACCAGAAGGUCGUGAACCUACACACCCGACUAGGUAAGCCCAUUCCAGCCUGUGACCCAACGCCGAACGUCGACGGAGAAAAGAAGGAGGGUGGUGGUGGUGGUGGUACGGCUGAUUCAUCAUCGGAUGCGGGUGGGGCAAGCGGUGCAGGCAACGCUGCCGUAGCUAACAGUGGUGUAGAAUCGGCGGAAGAAUCCGUCCGACCCGUGGGUAGUGAGUUUAUCGAAGAAAUUAAGGAUGAUGAUGGGAAAUUGGUCAGCUUCAGCUGUAAGCUGUGCGAGUGUAAGUUUAACGAUCCAAACGCAAAGGAAAUGCACAUGAAGGGACGUCGCCAUCGGUUGCAAUACAAGAAAAAGGUGCAGCCGGACCUGGUGGUGGACAUAAAGCCGACGGUAAAGCAGAAGAAAAUAGCGGAAGCUCGUGCCCACCGGCAGGCCAUGCAGGAGGAGUUCUGGAACCGUCGUCGUAUGGCCGACGCCGAGAUGGAAGAAGAUCACGGCAUGCGAACGUUCGGGCGACAUCCGUUCUUUGGUAUGUUGCCUGGGCGGCGCCCGGAAUCGUCCGAUGAUCGGCAUGUAGUCGCACGGCAUGCUGAAAUCUAUCCGAAAGAGGAGGAACUGCAAACGAUCCAGCGCAUUGUUUCGCACACGGAACGUGCCCUCAAGCUGGUGUCGGAUGUGAUGACGUCCGGCGGUGGUGGAGCGUCCACCGUUCAGCCGGUAGCUUCGACAUCAUCGUCCGCCUCUGCUACAGCAACAGCAAGCGAUUCGGCCAACGAACAAUCGAACGAUCAACCAAAGGAGCAGGAGAUUCAAUCGCAGCAACCGACAACGUCUGCUGGCAGUGGAGGAAAACCGAACCAGAUGAUUUCCUUUCACAAAGAAACGGAGGGAACCACGAUCCGGCUGCUGAAAGGUGUAAUGCGGGUAGGCCUGCUUGCUAAAGGUCUGCUGCUGCACGGUGAUAACUGUGUUCAGCUGGUGGUGCUUUGUGCAGAGAAACCGACAACGUCGCUAUUGAAACGGGUUGCAACGGAACUGCCAAUACAGCUGAAGAAAAUUGCUGACGAUCAUCGCUACACGGUGACGAUGGCCCCCGUCGAAGGGGCUGUACUCGUUACCGAUGGUACGAUUACGGUGAAAAUAUCGCUCACGUCUCCGCUGCUGCGCGAAGCUAAUGCACCUUCAGCGGAGCAGGCGGCCGCUCAGAAUACCGAAGAUCUGCUGCCACGCGAGCCCUGCCUGCAGGCGCUAGCUGCACUGCGUCAUGCAAAAUGGUUCCAGGCUAGAGCAACGGGACUGCAGUCGUGCGUGAUGAUAAUGCGCAUAAUGCGCGAUCUGUGCCAACGGAUUCCCGUCUGGAGCAACAUAAGCCAAUGGGCAAUGGAGUUGCUGCUGGAGAAGAUAAUCUCGUCGGCGGGCGAAGUCCUUACGCCGGGCGAAUGUUUGCGCCGCGUCAUGGAAGCAAUGUCGUCGUCGAUUCUGCUGAACGGUCCCGGUUUGUUGGAUCCGUGCGAGAAGGAACCGGAAGAUACGCUGGCCGGGCUCAGCAAGCAGCAGCGCGAGGACAUUACCAACUCGGCGCAAACCUUCAUGCGCUGGAUAGCGUUCCGGCAGAUUUACAAGGUGCUCGGCAUCGCGCCCCUUCCACCACCAAAGUUUGCCGGCAGCCGCAACUGGCGCUUCAAUCGCAAACGUCGACGUUCCGGCACGGAAGGUAACGAUAGUGAAGCCGAUGGUUGCAAAAUGGUAAAGAAGGAAGAAUCGGCCACUGCCAGCUCGAAUGCUCCACCUGGCCCGGCUAACGCACCGGCAAUGAAAACGGAACCAUCCAAGUAAAGCGCGCCGAGAAGGUAUACUACUGAAUUGUAACAAUUUUAUUAAACAACUUCGGACCGGAAGUAAGACACACUUAUUCGUAUGCUCAUGAUAUCGUCAGCUCGAUUGGAGGACGCCUGUGUUCGGACCAUCGGCUUAGGGAACUGACCGGUCAGAUGUAGACACAGUUUCUCACAGUUGUACAACAUGGUUCUGUUAUUGUGAAGGUUUAACCAAUACCAGCUGUCUUCACGUCAUGCUAUCCUUUAACUUGUGGCAUUGUGGGUAUAGCAAAGAACUAUCCGCCACGUUCCCUUAUGUGCAGACACCAUCUAGUAUAUGCUGAACACCAUUUUUUGCUUUUUUUUCCAUCAACCAACAUCCAAUCGAUUUUCCUCAUAUUUUUCCCAGUCUAAAUCUAAGUGAAGUGAAGUAACCUAUGCUAAUACGAAUGUAAGUUUGAAAUAUAAUUUAUACCAUCAACAGUACACAUGUGCGCAAGGGAUUUAGCUCAAGUGAAUGGAAAAGUAUCACUGUGUGCGUUCAAACGCCUUCUCGACGCGGACGGGAUGGACGCGUUUAAGGUUCUUCGAACGUACGUCACUAAAAACAAACACAACUUUGUGGUUCAUGGCUGGAAAGCCAACACUAGCCUAAAAGCAUCAUGCACCUAUGAGAGCAACGUAAAAGUAUUCGAGCAACAAAAUCAUGAAAUCUUUGUUAACUAACUUACCCACUGAACCCCCUGCGUGUUGGUGCAUGAUGCAGGGAAUGGGUAGAAUUUGAAGGUAGCAGUAAAGACAACAAGUACUCAGGCUCAGUAACGAAGGGUGGGGGUAGGUUGGAUGAAACACGUGUGUGGUGUAUUUGAUUAGAAAUAGUAAUGAAUUAUCCCGUUUUCUCAACGUGUUGUUAGUCAGUAGGGUUAAAAACGUUUUUUCCAUCCAUGUAUCUUGCUACAAAAAAACAAAGCAAAAGAAACGUAAAAUGAACAUUGUAGAACCAGGCAAUGGAGGAUUUUUUCUCCGCUCACGAGCAACUAGUUUACGUUUCAUAAAAUGCUAUCAUUGAAGUUGCAUUUCGUCCCUGUUUUGAUUUUUGUUUCCUAUUCUUAUUCACAUAACAUCCCCUACUUCUGAACGAUCGACCUAGACGUAGCGCAAUCACAACUGGGAAUCUCCUAUAAAUGGUCAAUUUAUUGGUUAAAGGUGUGUUGUCCCACUUUUGCAUCCAAAUCCCCUUUUAUCUCUUGUUUUCGGGCCUGUGAGUUCAAGCAGAAGACGGGAAACAAUCCCUGUAUCUCUCCCGUAUACUUUGUACUGUACGUAUCUCACAAUGAUUGUUGGUAUUUAUUUAUUUGCUCUCAUCGUUCGCAUAUCUGGUCAUUUUCUUUCCUCUCCUUAACAACGCGUUGUAAGUUUUGCUGACUUUACAGGCCUGCGUAUUAGUUCCUCAUCACCCGACAGACAGAACGACAUGUGUAGCAAGUUUAGCAACUAAUUGAACAUAUUCCUCGUCGGAAGGGUUAGGUUAAUAUUUCACCGGAUGCUUUUAGCAGCAGGCCCGGCAGUAGUAGGAUAGGAUGGAUAGGGAGUAAGCAAAAUCAGUAAAUUUUGAAAAUUGAGUUGAAAUUUGAAACACCAACAGCCGAAGGAAGGAGACACAUCCACUUCCCGACACGCGAGACUUACACAUGCGAAUGCAAAUGUGCAUGUAGGCAAAAGAUAACCUAAAAUAACAGAUGGCAUGCAUGUCCCUAUUAGAUAGGAUGAUGAGAGAGAGAGAGGGUUUAUGAUUUGCGUGGUACGAUCCCAGCGCAAAAGCAUCGCGUAACCACAUGCAGGCAGGCAGCACUCUUGACAUCCGAGACGACCCCCUUCACAUCUGUCUGUCAGCAAACAGAACUGUAGGCUAUGUUUGGAUCUAGGAUCUAGGCUCUGUAACUGAUGUGAAUUUUAUCGAUAGAAGCGUAAGGCAGCAACACAUAGAAACCUAAUACCACCCAAAACCGUACAUGUGGUAAUAACACACACACACACACACAAACAUACAGCAAAGGAAUGCUAGGCGAACAAACAGAACCGUAUAAUUAAUAGUCAUCCAGUCAAAAUUCAAAUUUUGAAAUAAAAUAAAAUGCAUCGAUGAAUUUAUCUAGCGAA